GCAUCCACCUCUGCUAUAAGAUCUUUGUCCACCACAGCAUUCUUCACUGUGAUGGGUGGCAAGGAAGUUCAGCCAUUCCUCCUCCUUGUUUACCCGUGGUCGGGGCCACGAACCACCACCGUGUCACUCCACUUUCCAUCUUAAUGCACAAUUAGUACAUUGACGGUGGCAAAGAAUGUUUACGAGCAGGUCUUGAAAGAAAGGAUAAGGAUAUGUGGACAAACAUGCAUGACAAAGCGACUAAGCAGCGGGGGGGUAAUCUCCGGAGAAUCCGCCGGUUGCCAGGAUCCAGCCUUAAGCUUGUUUUGUUUUAACCACUGCCGUGUUUCCGUCGCUGAAGAGAAACGGCGAACAAACACAAACCCUGCCCAGCAAACCCAGUCUCCGGGCACGCCGCUCACGUCUGAUCAAGCGACUGACAUGGGAAUUCGCUGAGGUGAAAGUGAGCAGCAGGGUUUUACUGUUAAAGAAAGAACUGCAGAUGCUGGAAAAAUCGAAGUCACUGGCUCUUCCUCCUUCAUCCGUGAAAACAAGAAACUGAAUGUGUACAAAAUGGAUGAAGAACAUUUAACUUGUGCCUGAAAACUGUUCCUCCACACGCCUGUUCGCAUGUAAACACACUGGCAUUCCAACAUGCAGAACAAGUACCAAAAUCCAACUCCUGGGAACAUGACUGGAAUAUACCUGGGAAUGAGAGGCUCUCCUCCCCGAUUCAACCACCUUGCUGCUAUACCACCCCUUUUUCGUCGGCUGAGCUAUUGUCGAGCCAAAACCUCAGUGGAACAUCAACGUUUUAGAAAAAUUGAAAUGCUGAGAGUGAUUGAACCUGCACAAGGUUUCAAAGGUGCUGCAGUCAAGGCAAAGGUGAAGUGUGUCAAUCCGGAAGUCGAGUUGCUCCACCAACGCCGCAGUCGAUCCACUGUGCUGACUGCAGAGGAGCUGAGCAAAUUGGCAAGUAAAGUCUUGAAGGAUUUCGGAAGUCCAAGAGCAAACAACAGCGUCAAUUUGAGUCGAGGAAACGUAAGUUCCAGGCUGCAAAGUGGUCGGGGAAAGCUUCCCAAGAGCACUCGCCAACCAAGCAUCCAAGAAUUAUCAGUGGUCACAAGUUGUGGCCGAAGCAAUGACCACUGCAGGACAACAUUGCCAAAGCAGGAAUAUACUGAGAUCAAACCGUGGCGGAAGGAGAUAAGUGAGAGUGUGAAGCUGUGUCAGUCUGUGAGAAGGAAUCCCACCUGGCCACGGAGAAGCAAUAAGGCCCAGCAUCUGGCUUUGAAGUGCCUUCAGAGCUCUCAGUUAUUCACGAGGACAGACCAGGCCAACAGAACGGCAAGGAUAUGCUCACAGAACCCUAUCGAGGACAAGUUGCUGUUGCCAUCGUCGUUUAUCAGCGGCAGUCCAUUUCUUCUUCCACGGGUGUCGUCGUCUCUGGGAAAGGUCCACCUGGCCGGCCAAUGGGGAUACAAGAUGCCGAGACUGAAUACAGCUUUGGGGAAUGAUCUAGUUUCUAGGACAUUGGAGCUAAAACAGAGGACAGAUGGCAACGACCCCAGCAAAGCGGUUAUGAUGGCAGCUCCAGUGAAUGGCCAUCGAAUGGCAAAUGGAAUGGGAAGGCUGGAUGGAGUUAAAGGCAAAUGUUCUCACUCAACAGUAGUAUGUUCUGCCUUCAACUCUGGUGCCAGCACCACCCCACAUACAGAUGGAAACGGGCCUUGUACUGACAGAAGGAACAGUGAACCGACUGAUUCUCGCAAGAACAAGGUUGCAGAAGGUUUAGAAAAUGACAACCCGGGACAUGUGGAGGCGGAAGAGAGCGACUCGGCGAGGCUGGAGGAUCCGGAGGUGGCGGGCGCUGCAGACGAGAAGGAGGAUGAAGAAUCACUUGCCGCAGACAGCACAGAGCACCUGGCCAAACAGAUUGAGGUGAUCAUCAACCUGAGAGUGAACGUGGAUGAAGACAGUGAGACGGACCUGCAGGUGCACUCAGAUCAGGCUCUCGAAUGAUUUACACCACUUCUUUCAUCACUAAUGAAACAAGUAUGACCUACAAAAUCAAAACUCUUUCCUGCGUAACUUGCUCCACCCUAAGAAGUGCAAAAGGAUUUUUAAUCAAUAUUUGGUAUACAAACAUAUUUUAGGUUCAAGGUGUUGCUGUCAAAAAUAAAUACUUUUCGAUCUUAGUUUAUACUGUAUAGAUCUGGGUCCCAAAUGCAGAGAACAAGUGAUCUGCAAAGUCAAUUUGACGAUAUUAUUGUGCUGAUGUGAAGAAGAAAAAACGAUCAGAACAUGUAUUUGUGAAUUCUUGAGUUGCCUCUCUCCCUAGAUGCUGCCUCACCUGCUGAGUUACUCCAGCAUUUUGUGUCUCCCUUAUUUCUGUUAAGGAAACAUGUUCCCAAUGUUGGGGGAGGCCAGAACCAGGGGCCACAGUUUAAGAAUAAGGGGUAAGCCAUUUAGAACGGAGAUGAGACAAACACUUUUUCACACAGAAAGUGGUGAGUCUGUGGAAUUCUCUGCCUCAGAGGGCGGUGGAGGGCGGUUCUCUGGAUACUUUCAAGAGAGAGCUACUGUAGAUAGGGCUCUUGAAGAUAGCGGAGUCAGGGGAUAUGGGGAGAAGGCAGAAACUGGGUAUUGAUUGGGGAUGAUCAGCCAUGAUCACAUUGAAUGGGGGUGCUGGCUUGAAGGGCCGAAUGGCCUCCUCCUGCACCUAUUGUCUGUUGUCUAUUGUCUAUUGUUAAGACUGGUUUAUUGUCCGAAGAAGAGCACCAGUUGGAAUUUACGUAAUAUUUGGAGAGUUUCUUCCUGUGUUGCAAAGAAAUGUGAAUAAUAUGUUCAAAGAUGAUGGACAAAUGGACUGUUUUUCUGUGGAACGUCAGAGAUACAGAGGGGAGACCAGAUUGAAGAUCUUCAGACCAUAAGUUGGAUCAUAUCAUAAGAUCAUCGAUCUGAAGAAGGGUCUCAACCCGAAACGUCACCCAUUCCUUCUCUCCAGAGAUACUGCCUGUCCCGCCGAGUUACUCCAGCAUUAUGUGUCUACCUUGAAUGAUAGGUGGAUACAGGUGAGGGGGGUUUUGAUUGGCAGAUUGUUGGACAAAGGCCAGAGAAGGAAAGACUAAAGGUUUGAGAUAAGGAUAGAAGAUGUGUGAAUUGUGAAGCCAGAGGAAAGAAUAUAGGUGGAAGGGCAGAAAUGGGUGCAUGUCCAGGUGGGACAUGGGGAAGAAAAGGGGGAUUACUUCAUGUCCGGCACAGGCAUUGCGGGCCGAAGCGUCUAUUCAUAUCUUGGACUAUUCAAUGUUCUAUUUUCUAUGAUAAAAUAUCCUUUGCUGCUUCACAGAUCAUCAGAUAAAAUAUGACACCAAUUCAUAUAAAAUUAUAUAAUCAUCUGACCAAAGAGUUAGUAACGAGAAAGAUUUUAAGAAGUUUGGAGAGAUUUUGGAAAUAAAUUCCACUCGGCUCAGUUUAUUUAAGAGUUAGUCCUAGUGUAGGUGGACAAGAGAUGUGUUGACAGAAUGAUGACUCGAAGUUGCUCUCAUCUGUCCUCUUUCCAAAAGCAAAUGCGAGGAGGGAAAUGCAUUCAAUUUGUAGAUCAAUUGGGAAAAAAAGACAGCAUUUGACGAAACUCUCAAUGCCCGAGACCCAGGUUCGACCCUGACCUCAGGUGCUGUCCGUGUGGAGUUUGCAUGUUCUCUCUGUGACUGUGUGGGUUUCUUCCGGGUUCUCCAGCUUCCUCCCACAUCCCAAAGACGUGCGGUCCUGUAAUCUAAUCGGUCUUUAUGAAUUGGAUGUGGAAGUGGGAUAGCAUAGAAUUAGUGGGCCGAAGGGGGCCUGUUUCCAUGGUGUAUCUCUAAAUGAAACUAAACUCAUCGUGCCAAUUUGUUAAAUUAGGAAAUUGGAAAACAUGAAUGACUCUGCACUUAUAAUCCGUGUGAGUCUGAUAUUGACAGAAUUCCGUAAGGUAUAUUCCAACACAUUUUAAUUGCUAUAAAUAGGUUUGCAGAAAAUGAUGAUGAAAGUGUAUUUUUUAAGAUCCCAUUUCAUGGUGAAGGCUGACAACAAUGUCUUUAAAUAGUGCAACUGAUAACAGUCACGUUAUAUCAUGUGAGAAUUAAAAGUAUUUUGUGCCCACGUGAAGUUCUAUUUAUAUUUGCAUCAGUAAUGUCUCAAUUCGCAAAUCUCUGCAGAAAGGUUACAUUUCUCUUGCACAUUUCUGAUCCAGUAUGCCUUCUCUUAAUAGCAAAAAGUCAGCUUUUAAUGCAGUUCAUCCAAAUAGAAUACAAACAAUAAAUAAAAUGCAAAAUUAAUUGUUACGUACAUUGUUAGAUUUAUUUUCUAACCUGCAUAUCAACUGUGACUGUGGACAAAACAAACGUGUCAAAGUACAGAAGUGUGAAAACAAACGCACACCUCCAGAUUCAGGGGCAGUUUCUUCCCGGCUGUUACCAGGCAACUGAACCAUCCUACCACAACCAGAGAGCAGUCCUGAACUAUUAUCUACCUCAUUGGUGAUCCUUGGGCUAUCCUUGAUCAGACUUUGCUGGCUUUACCUUGCACUAAACGUUAUUCCCUUAUGAAUGAAUGAAUAAGUUUAUUGGCCAGGUAUUCACAUACAAGGAAUGUACCUUGGUGCUCCGCCCGCAAGUGACAACAUGACAUACAGUGACAUAGAAACAUAGAAACAUAGAAAGUAGGUGCGAGAGCAGACCACCAGGUCCAUCGAGCCCGCACCGCCAUUCGCUCAUGGCUGAACACUAAACAGACACACUUACCCACAAACAGUAGACACAAGACACAGAACACAAGACACUACCCUCCCCUUUAUACCGCUAUCACCCCUCUCCACCCCAAGAACCUCGUGAUCUCCUGGGGGAGGCAAAAAAACGGAUAAAAACCCAGGUCCAAUUCGGGAAAAAAAUCCGGGAAAUUCCUCUCCGACCCCAAUCUAGGCGAUCGACACUUGUCCAG